ACGCUGAGCAACGACAACCUCCGAUUAGAAGGACGCUCAGCUGCUACGUACGGUGGUGUGAAAGAAAAUUCAACGUACCAUGUCCAUCUCGGCCCUGCUGCCGCUGCUGCUGCUGGGGGUGGUGAUGGUGGGAGCCCAGCAGGAGAAGACCGUCUGCGCGGGCAUCAACGGGAUCCCCGGGCAGCCCGGAGCCCCGGGGCAGCACGGGACCCCUGGGGCCCCCGGGAGGGACGGCAGAGACGGCGCGACCGGAGCACCUGGAGCCAAGGGAGACCUGGGAGUUCGAGGCUUGACUGGGGACCCAGGUCUGCCGGGAAAGCUGGGCCCUCUUGGCCAACCGGGGCUCACGGGGACUCCGGGAGUCCCAGGUGAGCAGGGCGAAAGAGGCGAGAAAGGCAAGCGGGGAGAGAGCGGUGUGGGGCCCAGGUCAGCCUUCUCUGCGAAGGUCGGCGCUUACAAGCCGGCGGCCGGCUCCCCCGUGACGUUCAACGUCAUCAUCACCAACCCGCAGGGCCACUACAACCCCGGCACGGGGAAGUUCACCUGCGCUCACCCAGGCGUCUACUAUUUCACGCUUAACAUGCAUUCCCAUGAACAGUCCCUCGUGGUGAUGAUCAUGACAAACGGGAACAUCAUCUCUAAGGUGUGCGGUGAUAAAUACGACGCAAUAAGCGGCAGCGUCGUGCUGAGUCUCAAGGCCGGGGACGAGGUGUGGCUAGAGUUGGAGGCUCCAUACAUUCAUUUUCUGUUCGACGUACAUAGAGACUCGGUGUUCAGCGGCUAUAUCCUGUACUCCGAGUGAAUCGAUCGUUUUUUCAUCGGCGCGUCUGGGAAGACAGAUCAGGAACACAUUCACAUGCACGCGCAUGCACCCCCUCCCCUCCAGUUUAAAUACAGCUUUUGGGCAACAUCUCAGAAAACUGCUCAACAAAAAUCUGCAAAUAUUCCCAAAGCUGUGGUAAUAACUGUUAAUUUUCGGAUGCGAGAUGUUCUCACCAGAGGAAAAAUAGGCCCGGCUCUUUUUCUCAGCCACCUCUCUCCUUGCCAGCCAGGGUGUCUGGGCGAAUAUGAAUCGGUUAGACAAUGCAGAGAGACAUAGCCGCUUACACCAACUGAGAAAUUCCUGAAUCCUCACCAACUUUUCCAUCCGGCAUCGGCAGUGAAGGGGGAAAUAUUCCAAUUCCAGCUGAUAGCUAUGAGGGUUGCUCAUUUCAAACAUGGGAGAGAGAAGAGUUCGGAUCCAUUUUCUCUCCCGUGCUAUUCUCUCAAUAUUUUUAUUCGGACACCAACACAGAUUUUUAAACGCGCUUUGACGGCAACAGAAAUAAGGACAAUAAUUCGAUCUGGAAUACUGAGAAUCUUAACAAGAUUUGGAAUGCAGUAACUAUGCCUUAGUUCGUUACGCACAAGGAUGUGAACCAACUGUGGUGGAUAACAAUUUCUUGACAACCAAGUACAACCAACUAUUCAAACUCUCAGCGACAGUAAUAGCACGCGUCUGCAGAACCCUGCAGUUCACCGACUUAACACAGUGACCGCGCGUGUCGGCAAUGACAGAACACCGCAGCGACUUACACAGAUAGAGACCACCGCGAGGACCGUUCGUACCAACCCUGACUUACACCUCCACUCCUGGGUGACGAGGCAACGCACCAGAAGCCCAGGGUACGCAAAUUCACCGUCGAGGUCGACUACAGCGUCAGGGACCCCCCCAGGACUCAACGGUAGAGCCGUACUCCCAAAAAUCAACGCAGAAUCAACCUCGGCCUUGCUUUACACUCACAACAGCGCUCUUAAUGGAUAUAUGCAGCGGCAGUCUCGGGAUUUGCUUUUGCGCUUCCAACAGCGCUCUGAGUGACUCCAUGCAGCGACAGUCUAGGGACUUGGCAGUCAAGUCCAACAGUGGUCUGAACAACUCAACGCAGCUGUCGUCUCGGUGACUGAGCCGUCUGCCCUGCAGUAACAGCUGGUCUUCUCCAGGAGUCCCUUUGUCGUGGUGAGUAGUCAUUAGGCGGUCAUAGAUACGAGUUUUGGUUGUUCCGAUAAGAAAGGUCAUGAAAGUGGAGGGUCGCAAGUCGAGCCAUCGCAAGUCGGGGGUCACCUAUACACACAUUUAGUUCCGCCCUCACAGCAUCUGUCAAUCAACUUGGCUCUUAUUUAACUUUUAAGUCCAAAAAGUAUUCAAGAGAGCCGUUUACAUAAGCAACGCACCAUCAAACAUUGAAAAGCGAACUAGCCAGUUGUUUUCAAAACCGUCAUAUAAGGGCGGUCGCUGAUUGGCUGAGAUCUGCCGAGUCCACUUACAUUUUUUUGUUAAAGCCAUUUUUUAUUGUACGAGGUAAGGCCCCACGGAGCUGCUUUGUAGCUCUUUUUCAGAAGUGACCAGGUGAUCACAAAUGAUAGCUCAACAAACUGGCAGCUUAUCGUCAUCACGUGGAAAUAUAAAGCAGCGGCCAAAUACGCCAAACGUGCAACGUUGAUUCUCAAUGUGGAGGGAAAAAAACCGGAGGUCCCGGAGAAAAAUACACGUGACCACAGGGAGAACAUGCAAACUCCAAAUAUACAGCAGUUGUCAUGGUCGGGAUCGAACCCACGACCUCCUGUAUACCUGACGAAGUAGUUAACAUCUCCUAGCUACCGUGGCACUUAUGGAGCAUUCCGAUUUGCCGAAAUUGGAAUUGGGACGGUCCACGUAACAUUGUAAAACACGUAUCGUUAAUCGAAAAUGAGUCAUGAAUAAAAAACUAUUUUGACCCUAUGAGGGAGGCUGAUCGGUAAUCGAAACAUUAUCAAUCGAUGGCAUUAUAAACUGAGGGACCACUGUAAUUUGUCCCACGGUAGGUCCUCGUGCUUCUCAAUCGUCUUGGCAUGGCUCCCCAACUCAAUACAUCUUGUCCAUGCUCGCCCCCCUCCCCAAGCCAGCUCCAACAAUUACCGAAGCACUGCAGUCCGCUACAUAUUAGGAUGCCUUAAUCUGAUUCAUGGAUGUAUACAUUCGGAGAGGAAUCCGGAGUGCCGAGAGAGAACCAUCCCAAUUGUUGUGAUGGGGUCAAAGUAAAAACAUUUGUUGUUGCGUACUUUUAUGAGUCGAGCCUAUCACGAAUGCUCAUUGAUCACACAUUGAAGUAGGCUCUCUAAAACAACACCGUGAUGCGUCUAUUGCAGAACUGGCUCAGUCUUAGGAGAUGGAUCCCGAACGUGAGCUGGUAGCGAGCUCCAGGUGCUUGGGCUGGAGACCCCGAAACUGGGCUGGCCGUAUUGCGCACGAGAUUUGCACGCAGCGAGUACAGCAGCAGGUCACCACGAGCGGCGGUAAGUAGUCGGACAAGUCUACGCCUGUCCCAGAUGGAGACACUUGGAGAUGAGUCCACUUUACGCUGCACGGCAAUAUCCUGGCGAGGCCAGGGGAUAUGGCGGACCUCUUGAGGGAAUGUAAAAAGGGUAACUUUUAGAACAUUCGCGUGAUCCAUUUCCAUAGCUCUGGAUUACAGGUGUGCGUGAAACAAAGACAACGAUCCCUCGUAUAUCCUGUAACAGACUGUUGGGGAAAAUUAUGUUAGUGAGCACCAAUGAAGGCCGGCACUGUGGCACACGAGGGGGUGGGUGGCCAACACCACGCACGGCCGCCUUUGUCUCCCCAGUGGCGAUGUUAACACACCACACCAGAUACUCAUUUAAGGCUAAGACAACCUACGGGAGGCCCAGGAAACGGUUCACAUAAUCGUCACUGGUGUUGGGAGUGAGCAGGAGUCAAACUUGGGUGGCUAUUUUCAAGUGUAGCGUAGCGCGCUAACUGAACAGACAUGACACACAAACACACCGACCACCUGCUGUGUUCAGUUAUUGUCCUCCCCCCUACCCCCUGCACCUCCGAUAAGCUCGGUUGGUUAAGUAUGGUGCCAACGAAGUUCAACAUAAAUACAUACACAGACUCACACAGAGAUCCAUAGACUUACACAGAGACCCUUAGAAGUUGAACGUGCUGACCAUUAUAACGCGGAACGCGCACCGUUAUGACUCGGAACAUGUGUGCUGUUAUAACGUGGAACGUGCGCCACCGUUGCUGUAACGCGGUUUCUGAGAAGUCGACAGGCAAAGUAUUUUCUCAAGACUGCAUGAUGGCUCAGCGGUUAUGGUGAAGCGGUAACGCGGAGUGAUGCGGUGACCCGGCGAUGCUCGGCCCGUCGGUUGACGCGGAACUACUUUUUAAGAGCGCUCCUCCCACGUUAAUGUCCUAGUGUCCCAGCG